CGGACACUUUAAAAUGGCGGGGCCCACGAACGCCGAACGUGAAGACCCUGGAGCUGCACCUUACGGAAACUUUAUCAAUUACUACAGUUUCAAUCCCCCCGAGAACCGACUGACCCUCGUGCCAUCGGACUUGCUAAAGGAAGUCGGCGCUGGAGAUGGGCAAACGACGCUCGUAUUGGACGUGGGCUGCAACUCCGGGGAGCUGACUGUUGCCCUGUACCGACACCUCCUUGGCGAUGACGGUGCCUCCAUGGGCCCAAGGGAAGGCCAGGCACUGUGCCUCCUGGGCUGUGACUUGGAUGCGGCUCUCAUCCACAGAGCUGCAGGCAAUAACCCCUUCCCCGGCGCCAUCAGCUUCCUCCCACUGGACAUCACUGACCAACCGGCGUGCGACACCAUCCUGAGCUCCUAUUUGAGCCGGUUCAACCAGGUUUUCUUUGACCUUUGCACGUGUCUCGCUGUGACCAUGUGGGUGCACCUGAACCACGGGGACGCGGGUCUGCUCAAGAUGCUGUCCAGCCUAGCCGUCCGCUGCCGCUACCUGCUCCUGGAGGUCCAGCCCUGGAAGUGCUACCAGUCAGCCGCCCGGCGUCUCCGGAAACUCGGCCGCCGAGACUUUGAGCACUUCAAGGAGCUGCAGAUCCGGGGGGACGUAGAGUGCAGGAUCCGGGAAUACCUGGAAGCCGAGUGCCAGAUGGAACUGCUCCGCAGCUUUGGCAGCACGUCGUGGAAGCGCAACCUUCUGCUCUUCAAAAGGACGACGAUGACAAAGUGACCGGUGGGCGUCCGAGUGCAUUGUAAGUCUUGGAGUGACAAGCUGGCCUCGCCACACUCUGACAGUGGCAGUGCGAGGGCCCACAGACUGGGCUGGCGCUCCAAUCCAGAUCAGUGAGUAAAAACCAGUCAGCUACUAAGCCACUCUGGAGAGAAACUGUCACGUCAUGUCACAAAAUAUUCUGCAUUUAAAUGCGUCAUGUCCUGGAUUUGCAUCCACGCCAUCCAAUUCCCUUGACAUCAGUGGUGUUUUUGGCGUGAAAGUUGUGAUUGGGGCCAUCCCAGCCGUCUCCUGUGUGUGUGUAGACAUCUCUUACACUUACAUGAACUUCACAAAUUGAUUUUCUUUUGUUUUCUGCUAUUGACUAGUGAAACAUGCAAGUUCAGGCCCCCUCUGUGUCAGAGAAAAAAAAAAAAAUCAAAGUGCCUGGUCUGCCUUGAUGGGACUCAGAAGACUGCGAUGCCCUCUGACGGUGCCAGCAAAGGAAAGCCUCACAGCCACCCACUCAUUGAUCAGGAAAAUAAGGUGGAUAUGAAAUAGGAACACCAAGUGGCUUUGAGGUGACAAAGGACAAGCAGGACAGUAAUGUGGAUGAAAUAUGCAGACAAUACAUACAGCACACUGCACAUCCAGCUGCAGCGCCAACCACUGAGCGGCCCGCUUGAGGCUGGCAAAUUAUUGAACACAGAGUUUUCUCCAUCCAGACUUGUCCUUUCCACACUUCCUUCAAACCGGACCCUCGGACUGCUGGCUUGUUUUCCACACAGUGGACAGAGGGCACUUGGGCCUUUCUUGGUGGCUUUUCAAAUUUAGUCUGGUCCUCCUCAGCAGGGCUUGAGAACUGAGAUGUGGUGUAAUGUCUUCGGGGCGAUUCAUUCCUCAUGUGACUCUCCUUUGUUUUUUUUAAUAUUGUUUUUCCAAAUUAAUGUGGCUACCUCCAAGAAAGAAAAUGGUGCUAGAUCAUUCGUCCUCUUCACUUGUGUGCGCUGCACGGCCUGUACUGGCAAAAACUCAAACUGGAAGUGCGCAAGCUUGUAACUAUAAAAAACAAAAAAAAAAAACACAAUGAGCAGUAAUAUGGGCAGUGACCUGCAAGACAUCAGUAAACUGGGCAGUUCAGAUUGAGCAGGGUACUGAGACAACUGCAGCGCCAAUUGGUCCACCCUGCAGCUCAAAGUACGCUACCCGAUGUAAGGCAAAUGUUUUCUCUGCGUGCAAUUGCCGGUUGCCAUGUCUCUGUCAUUCCAACAGAUGGCGCAUCACAAACAAAACUGCUUUUACAAAUCCCAUAUUAA